AUGUACACCUACAUCGCCGCCCUUGCGCUCCUCGCCAGCAGCGUCCUCGCACAGAACCCAGGCAUCCCCACUUGCGCCUUUGACUGCGUGACAGGAUACGGCGGCUGCGGGCAAUUCGACUACCAAUGCAUCUGUAGCAACCAGGACUACAUAGCGCAGAUGGCCUGUUGCGUGUCCAAGAAUUGCGACAAGGCCGAUCAGGACUCAACACUCGAGUUCGCCAACGCUCUAUGCGCCGGCCAAGACGUCAACAAUCUUCCUCAGACCGCUACCUGUGCCUCGACAGCCUCCUCGGCUUCAUCGACCUCAGGAUCGACGGCGUCGACAUCGACGGCUUCUAACACUGGCUCUACUGUAGCUGGCGGCACGACGAACGCUCCGGCCCCAGUACGAACGAUCGAUGCAGCUGAUGAUUCGGCGUCGUCGACCUCUGCAGCAGCUGCAAGUUCGUCUUCAGGAGCAGCAGCGAGGCAUAAUGUCGAAGGUGUGGGCAUCGGGAUGGUCGUGGCAGGCUUGGUGGCAGCAUUGUAA